UGACUUAUCUGUCCAACGUAACAUUUCUCCUACUGAACAAACCCUUCCUUUCUGCCAGAACGAAGACGACGAAAUCUGGUUGAGAAAAUAUGGCGUCGAAGCUGAGUCAGCUGCAAUCAACAGCUACCCAAGCUACCAAGUUUGUGGCCAAGAAUGGACCUGUUUAUUACAAGAAGCUUUUAGAGAAGAACAAGCAUUAUAUCCAGGAUCCUCCGACUAUUGAGUCGUGCCAACUUCUGGCUAAGCAGCUUUUUUACACUCGUCUUGCCAGUAUUCCCAGUCGCUAUGAUGCAUUCUGGAACGAACUUGGUUCUAUGAAGGAAGUAUGGAAGAUGAGGAAGCAGUUCACCACUGAUGAUUACGGUAUAGCUGCUCUUUUCGGGGUAGAAUGUUAUGCAUGGUUCUAUGCUGGAGAGGUUAUAGGGCGAGGCUAUACAUUCACUGGUUACUAUGUCUAGCCGUCCAGGUAGUGCAGCAAGUUCUGCUUCGGAGCUCAGCCAAUAAAGUUUCUGCAAUAAGAGAUCUUAAGCCAAACUUUUUUGUUUAUACCAGUCACACUAUAAAUUUCUACUGCAAGAACAGGUUUAGUACAGU